AUGUUUGAUUAUUCUGAAAUGAAAAAAAUACUAUCAAAUAAUGAACAAAAUGAUUUAUCACAUCGAACUUGUCCUAUUGCAUCAUCGACACAAGGAAAACAUCGAGUAGCUAUUCGAAGUCAGCAUAGAAUAAUACUAGUCCUAAAAGAACUCGAAUGUGCUGGAAUGAACAUAUUUGAAGCGUUAAAAUCUCAUUUUGAUGAUCGUUAUGUACCUAUUUUAAAUAAUAUUCAUAAAAUAUGGACCAUAUAUUCAAAUUUAACAUCAAAAAAUAUACCUAUUGUUCUUAUUCAUGGUUUUGAUGUAGUUAUUGGUCUUGCACGUAGUAGUCGACCAAUAUUUAGUCUUGAUCCAAUUGAAGCUGAAAAACAAUUUAUUGAUAUGCUUGAAGAAUGA